AGUCCAGCAGCCAGAGAGCCAGCAGUUUAAACGGGGAGGUGCUUGUGGGACGAUCAGGGUGCUUCCAGGAUAGCAGGGUCAUCAGCUGUACUGGAGGAACUCCAUCCAUCAUUUAGGCAGUAGGCACCUCUCUUUGGGAUCGUGGACGGCAGCCAUAGGAUCUCCUGAAGAUCGCCGAAUCUCCUAACAUGACUAAGAAGCUGUUUCUCAUUGAUGUGGACUGUGGUGUGGACGAUGCUCAGGCGCUGAUGAUGGCUCUUGCAGCCCCUGAGGUUCAGAUCCUGGGUAUCACAUGUUGCCAUGGGAAUACGACCAUUGAGCAUGUCUGCAGGAAUGUGCUGCGUGUCCUGCAAAUCUGUGACAGAUCUCAGAUUCCAGUGUAUAGAGGUGCAAGUGAACCACUGCUAGGAGAUAAUCAUUCAAUCAAUGCAAGCUAUUACCAUGGAAAAGAUGGUUUUGGAGAUGUACCUGACCCUGCAAGCCCAGGUCUAGACUAUGUACAGAAGGAGCAUGCAGCCCUGGCAAUGGUGCGGAUUGCCAGUGAGUAUCCUGGACAGGUUUCCCUUGUUGCAACAGGUCCUUUGACUAAUCUGGCUUUAGCUGUGAAAAUGGAUCCAACCUUCCCACAGAAGAUUAAAAAUCUCUUUAUCAUGGGGGGAAACAUGGAAUCCAGGGGGAAUGUGACCGCUUGCGGAGAAUUCAACUUUACGAGUGAUCCAGAAGCCGCCUACAUUGUCCUGAAUGUCUAUGAUUGCCCUACGUACAUCGCCACAUGGGAAUUCACUUGUAAUAACUACCUCUCUUGGACUUUUUAUGACGAAUGGAUUCUCCAGGAAACUAAGAAAGCAGAGUUUAUGAGAAAGAUCUCUGCGCAUGCUGCAGAGUUUAUCAAAACUGGCUCCAGCGCUAUCGGAGCAGACUUUAACAAAGGAUUUGUAUCGUGUGAUUCAUAUGCUAUGGCUGCUGCUAUAGAUGAGAGCUUUGUUACUGAGGCUAUAAAUUGUGCUGUGAGUGUGGAGCUUAAUGGAACCCUAACUAGAGGAAUGAUGGUGUUGGACAUAACUGGAAGGCUCCAAAAGAAAAACAAAGCAUUUGUCAUGACUAAAUGCAAUAUGGACACAUUUAAACGUCUCAUGAUGGCAGCUCUGAAAUAAACUAAUUAUCAAAGUCUGGUUCUAAGGCACAGAGCCCACUAGAGUGCACAUUCUGGAAUACAUUUUGUGGCUCCUGUAACAAGGUCUCUGCAUUUAUUUUAUUGUAGCUAGUCAGUUACAUGACUAUUUUUACCUCCUAAAAUUUGAUAUUUUUUUUUAACAUACUGUAUUUUUUUAUCAUCUGUCUACAAACUACCUGUUUCCUAUAUCCAUAAUAUAACAUAGUCAUAAAUACAGAAACAUGUUGUUUUUACUAUGUUCAUCGCUAACAUUCUGUGUGUGGUGUGUAUGUAUGAAU